AGCUAAUAUGGUACCUACCUCAGUGAGUCACUUGAUAGCCCACACUAUGCACCAUACUGAUAAGCUGGAAAAGUAAAAAGGACGCCCAACCCCCAGAAAAUACGUAGGAAUAAGCGAGAACGCACCAAUUUUCCAGUUGCGUUUCCCUUCGCCGAGCCGGCAAACGCUUCCAGCCGGCUUUUGUUUUUUUCACUCAGUAUUGGUCGCGCCAUCGAGGCAGACUGUGUACUCUGCUCAGCGAAAAACGCUAAAUACGCUAAAACAGAUGCGAAAUAUGUACAUUUAAACAGUGUUUAACGUCUAAAUACGAUCUAAGAACGUUCGGAAAGCGUUGUCACUGGGGUUUUCCGUUCCGUUUUACGUUUGUUUUCCGUUUUUAGUUUUGUUUUAUUUAACCGCGAAAACGCCGGCUGUCAAAUUCUGUGUGUACGCAAUAACGUUGAGUGUACGUGUUGUGUGACGACCUGGACCUGCUGGAGGCCAGUUUAUAUUAAUCUUGUGUUUUGGUUUUGUUAUUUACCGGGUGGAGUGGCUGAGCACGUGUCUUAUCGAUCGCCGGCUUUAGAGACUAUGGAUGAAGAAUUACUUAUAAACCUGGUGAAGGAACACGGUGAGCUGUAUGACUCGGAACACAAGCAGUAUGAAGACCAGCAUAAGAGGGAGGCGGCUUGGCAGGAGAUUGCUAAGAGAGCAAAUCAAACAGCUCAAGAGUGCAGAGACAGAUGGAAGCGCCUACGAGACAACUACAGAAAAGCACGAAAACUACGUCAAACAAAAAAAGCACAAGGUUUCAAAAAAAUAAAACCUAUAAAGUACGAAAAAAUAUUCGCCUUUAUAGAUUCUAUAAUAGAUAAUAGAGAAAGAACGGAUCCCACAGAACUAGCAGAUGAAGACUCUGAAAGUGCUUCAUCAACGAAUAUAGACAAAUUUGUAGAAGUCACACAAAAUGCAGUACCAGAAUAUGAGAGAAAUAACGAAGAAAGUACAGAAAAUAAUACAUUGGUAAAUUUCUUUGCGAAUUUAGGAGAAACCGUAAAUACUUUUCCACCAGAUGUGCAAAUCAGAGUCAAAAGAGACAUUUUUAAAAUUAUAAACGAGGCUGAAGAAGAAGUGCUUACAAAUAGGUUAAAUAUAAGAGAAGUGAGAAGAGUCAGCAGGCAAGAUGUGAACGUGAAGUUUGAAUCAUCAGAAUUUGAUUCUCAUUUUUAAAAUUUUCGGAUUUAGUUUAUAAUCAAUUUGCAGAUAGAUCCAUCUGUGUCGUUUUAUUUAACUAUAAUUAUGUAAUAGCAAAAAUUUGGUUAAUUUCACAGUUAGUGAAAAGUUCAGUGCCUUCAUAAAAAUCGAAAAAAAAAAACACGUAGGUUUUCGGUAUUUUUUUUUUAAAUACGGCGAUGGUUUCGAUUUAUUAAAAAUAAUUUUUGUUUAAAUGUGGCUUUUCAUUAGAGAAAGGUCCUUAUGUUUCAAGUGCAAUAAGGUCAUUUUUAUCAGAAUUUCUGUUGGAAUUUUUGCACAUGAAGCUUAAGGACCCUUCUCUGACGGAACGCCACAAAUAUUCUCAAAACACUGUUUAUUAUAUUGUUGCCAUGUUUUUGGACUGGGUGGGAGUGCACAUUUAUAACCCAUUUA